CUGAAAGGAUUUAGUAGAGAACAUCGACGAGAAAGUUCGCAACUUUUGGUCGCUAAUAGAAAAGCCCUGCCUUUACCGGAAGUAGGUGCGCGUGACGUCACGAGUUGCACGGCUCCACACAUAUUCACCGCCAGCAGUAAGAGCAAUUCGGACCAAGAAAGCGACAAUUUCCCCAUUAAUUUGAGCGAGGAUUAAAGAUUUGUGAAUUAGGAUAUUGAUCCAAGAUGGCGGCGCCCGGACGGGCUGCGACAUCGCGGAGCUCCUGCUAAAGAUGGAACAUUUGGCAGAAAUACCGGACAAUUCUGCAAACUUUAUGGCUGGCUCACAUCGUGGUCACUCCGUGAUCACGUACGACCGCCAGACAAUUCUAGAUGUGGACAUAUCGGGCCGUUUUGGACUGAUAGACGCGUGCUUGCUAGACCUGCUAACUAGCACGGGACUACUUCGGCGGCUACAUCCAGCGGCCUGUGAAGCAGGGGAGUAUAGUAGCAGCGGGGGCCGUCUACGGAGCAGACGCCAGCGGUGUGAUCGGAAACGCGGAUGCCGAGCGUGGCUAAAAACAAAGCAGAAGGCUAAUCCCCACAGAACACCACUUCCCUCCAUCCUGAAGCCGGAUUUAAAUGGAAGAUGCGAGACUACUGGUCUGGACAACUGUGAACAACAUCUUCUCCCUGAGCAACAGGAGUGGCGCUUUAAGAUGAGGAUGGAGGAGCCACAGCCCUCCCACAAUAAAGAAGAAGAGGAGGAACACAGCAUCAGUCAGGAGGCAGAGGAUCUUGAAUGGUUGGAGGAGUUCCCAGUGAUUGUGAAGAUUGAAGAUGAUGAGGUCAAUGGUGAAAGUGAGAAGAGAGAGGCGGAGCCUCCAGGCAGCAGCUCAACUCAACACAUGACAACAGAAGCUGUUGUACCAUUGUCGUCUGAAAGUACACAUGAGAACACAUACUGGAGAAAAAUCCUUUUCCUGCUCAGAAUGUGGUAAGACGAUAUUUGAAAGUACACAUGAGAAUACACAUUGGAGAAAAAACUUUUUCUUGUUCAAUCUGCGGGAAAUGUUUUGAAAAAAUCUAGUGUUUAAAAGUACACAUAAGAAAACACACUGGAGAAAAACCUUUUUCUUUUUCAAUCUGUUGUAAAGAUUUUGUACGAAGUCAAUGUUCGAAAGUACACAUGAGAACACACACCGGAGAAAAAACUUGUAUCUGUUCAAUCUGUGGCAAAGGAUUUGUACAAAGUAUCAAUUUGAAAGUACACAUGAGAACACACACUGGUGAAAAAACAUAUACAUGUUCAAGCUGCAACAAAAGACACAAUUUUGUAAGACACAUGAGAAAACACAAAGAUGAGAAUGUGUAGAGUUGCAGUGUGUGUGGUGAAAGAUUCUCAUAUAAGUACCAGUGUAAGAAACACAAGUGUGCUGGUGAGAACAGCAGCAGCAAAUGAAGCUUAAGAAGAUUACAGUUGGUACAAAAUGCGGCUGCUAGACUUUUGACAAGAACAAGAAAGUUUGAUCACAUUACGCCUGUACUGGCUCCCCUGCACUGGGUUCCUGUGCACUUAAGAUGUGACUUUAAGGUUUUGCUAAUUACGUAUAAAAUACUACACGGUCUAGCUCCAGCCUAUCUUGCCGAUUGUAUUGUACCAUAUGUCCCGGCAAGAAAUCUGAGUUCAAAAGACUCCGGCUUAUUAGUGAUUCCUAGAGCCCAAAAAAAGUCUGCGGGCUAUAGAGCGUUUUACGUUCGGGCUCCAGUACUCUGGAAUGCCCUCCCGGUAACAGUUCGAGAUGCUAUCUCAGUUGAAGCAUUUAAGUCUCACCUUAAAACUCAUCUGUAUACUCUAGCCUUUAAAUAGACUCCCUUUUUAGACCAGUUGAUCUGCCGCUUCUUUUCUUUCUCCUAUGUCCCCCCCUCCCUUGUGGAGGGGGUCCGGUCCGAUGACCAUGGAUGAAGUACUGGCUGUCCAGAGUCGAGACCCAGGAUGGAUCGGUCGUCGGGACCCAGGAUGGACUGCUCGCCUGUAUCGGUUGGGGACAUCUCUACGCUGCUGAUCCGCCUCCGCUUGAGAUGGUUUCCUGUGGACGGGACUCUCGCUGCUGUCUUGGAUCCGCUUGAACUGAACUCUCGCGGCUGUGUUGGAGCCACUAUGGAUUGAACUUUCACAGUAUCAUGUUAGACCCGCUCGACAUCCAUUGCUUUCGGUCCCCUAGAGGGGGGGGUUGCCCACAUCUGAGGUCCUCUCCAAGGUUUGUCAUAGUCAGCAUUGUCACUGGCGUCCCACUGGAUGUGAAUUCUCCCUGCCCACUGGGUGUGAGUUUUCCUUGCCCUUUUGUGGGUUCUUCCGAGGAUGUUGUAGUCGUAAUGAUUUGUGCAGUCCUUUGAGACAUUUGUGAUUUGGGGCUAUAUAAAUAAACAUUGAUUGAUUGAU